GAGGGUGUCUACACACCAAAGGCUGUUACUGAGUACAAGGCCGACAAGGACAACAUCAAGGAUGUCUACAUCAACACAUCAGUCACCGCUAUGGUCGAGAGAGUUCUUUCCGUCUCCAAAUACCUUAUCUAUAUCCCAGAGAAGGACGCAAGAAUGGCUGUCUUGCUUGCCAACUGCAGACUCCCAAGAGACGACGAGAAUGAAGCCCUCAAGAAGUUCAACCAAGAGUCCAUUUCAGAAGUCAGAAAGUUGGUUGGAACCAACGAAGUCACCGUCGACUUCAGAAACUUCAACAAAGGAAACUUCCUCGUUGAUAUCACCGUUAAGAAGACAUCAUUGGUCCACUAUGUCUUGGACAACGCAUUUGCCCAAUUUGCUGGAAAGGAAAACACUUCUGAGAAGAAUGAGGCUGCUAAAGAGAACUCUACUGGUAUCUACCAAUUCAAAUCUGCUGAGAGAAAGACCGAAGAAGUCGCUAAGCCAGUUGAGAAGAAGGAAUUCAAGAAGCACGACGAGAUCAGAUUUGGUGCUGAGCAAAAAGUCUAUUUGACUGGAUUUGAUGGAUCUAAGGUGUACUACUACAACUCCGUUGAAGACACAAAGUUCAUUGAAGACAUGUCAAAGAAGUUUGCUGUCAUCAAGAAGGCUGCUUUUGAGCUUAAAGUUGGUGAAAUGGUUGCCGUUGAAUACAAAGGAAAGUGGUACAGAGCCAAUGUUGUCGUUGUUGCUCCAAAAGCCAACAUUCUCAAGUGUGUUGAUACUGGUGUCUUUGUCACUGUUGGCAAGAAGAAGACCAAGAUGAUUGGCGAAGAAGAAAAGAAGGCUCCAAUCAACGUCAAGUCUAUUGGCCUUGUUGCCAUUGACUGCCUUAUCAAGGGAAAGAACGUCGAGUUUGACAUGAUGGUGAACACCGUCCUUGAGUUCUGCAACAAGGAAGCGUCAAUUUACAUCUCAGGAAAGGCCGAGACUGAAGCCGCCAAGGUGGUUGUUGGCAAUGUCUGCAUCAACACCAUUUUGGUUCAGAACGGUCUUGCCACGUUGUCCAGAUUCUUCAAGGACAACACCGAGUGGGGAACAGCACUCACUUAUGCCCAGGCUGCUGCCAAGGAAGGACACAUGAACGUCUGGAGAUAUGGUGAGAUCUUCGACGAGAAUGAGGGUAAAGAGUUUGACAGAAAGGACGGUUCAAAGGAUGCUAAAGGAAAGAAGCCAAAAUCUGCUCCAAAAGAGCACAAGGCUGAAACAGAAAAGAAGAACUAA